CAGAAAGAACAGUAAAAAUGCAGGCAGGGCACAGGACAAAUUUGUAUGUGAAAUGGUUUGAUACAUAAAUGUCACUUUUGUCAUUUUCAAAAUUUCCCGCCAGUUCCGUCCCCGUACGUCCCGAGGCUCGCAGAGGACAGAACCCAGAUGACGGCAUCCACCGGAGGACAUUACAGGGGACACUGCAGGAGGGACAUCGCGGGAGCGCAGGACAAGGUAAGUGAUCAAGGGAUCCUGGAGCAGCACCGCAUGGUAAGCCCGAGUGUAGCUCGGGGUUACCGCUUGCGGUACUGAAA